UUGAAAGCAUAGGGCGUGCUGGUGACGGGACGACACGCAUAAAAAUUUUGACGUAAAACAUUUUUCCUGUAGUGGAGAGCAGUGUUGCUCGAAAAGCAAAAACGUUACAUCUAUAAUAGAUGCACAUGAUAGUGGUGUAUCAGCCCAGCAAUGCGAACGGAGCUGCAUUUUUCCAGGGAUAUUACCUCUUUUCUUAUUUUCUGGUUUACCGUGGUAUCUCAGAACAUGAUGGCUGAAGAAUUGGAAUGCCUUUCUGACUUAAAAAAUAACCUUUUCGACAAUAUGGAUUUCAGUUGGAGGCAGAAAUCUCGCGAAUAUCAAUGCCUUCAAACGUGCAGGACUUUAUUCCAAGAGAGAAAGAUCGACUCACUUUCAACCAAACCUAAAUUUCGCGAGGCUGUAUUUACACCUAAACAAAAAGUUGUCAAUUGCUUAUCAGAGAGCAGAGAAGUUUUGGAUGUUUGCAGGAGAAAGAUUAAGGGACUUCAACUGAGGCAGAGCGGCGCUUUGCCUUUGUAUUAUUUUCCUGAGAAUGUACACCAAUCAAGAUUUGAGGCAGAAAAGAUUUGUCGCCUGCAUGGACUAAAUUUUGACAUUGAAAUUUCGCAACUUGAAAAAAUAAAAAUAAAUUCUCCAAAUUUGGAGCAAGUUUGGUCACCAAUCAUAAAUACUAGCAGACUACAGAAUACAACCACGAUCAGCUGCUUUAUCUACAAGAGAGAGAGAAGCUCGUUUCAUUUGAAGGAAGAUGGGUGCGGUCAGAGGAACCAAUUUGUUUGCACUCUGCCUGAAAUCUGCCAUUCUACUUUCUGCAUUGGAAACCACCAGGAAAAAAAAGUUGAUCAAGAAUUUUGCUACCCUGGUUGUCCAGAUGCAAACUGUAAUGACGAGGUUGCUGACAACUUUGUUAUAAGUAGCACGGACACAUUGAUCGAGGCCUGUGGACGGAAAUACGUCAUUUCCAAAUCAACACACAAUCGCAGCUACGCGCCAACGUUCUGCUGUUCCAGAUUCAUGGAACUGGCAAGCUUGGAGACGAAACGAGAAUCGAGUUGCCUGGCCAGCGAAUUGAAAAAGAGAAAAUUGGCAAAUAUCUUGUUGUGGACCUCGGGUGACUCGGAACCUUGUCAGGACAGCAAAUCAUUCGCCUGGUGUUCUACUGGGGAAUUUGUGAAUCAGGAAGCACUGAACUUGAGUUUGUCCACGGAGGGCGGUAAAAAGUCUGGGCUGUUGGUCAAAGCUUUGGAAGACCAGGAAGGACAAAUGGUCUUCCAAAGUGAUGAGCGGAGAAUUUUCAAGAGGACAUUGUGCGAAAGUGAACAUCCAAAGAAUUGCACACAGAUGAAGUGUUUGCAGUUACAAUGCCGUGUUGAGCUUGGUGAAAAAAUAUCUUUGUACAAGGGAAUAAAGGCGAAUUACAAAAAAGGAUUCCUUGCUAUAUCUGGCUGUGGAUUAAAAGAAAUUAGCAUCAAUCAAGAAAAUUGGAAGAACACCUUUUUUGGAGGAUACAAAUGGUGCUGCGUGGACAACGCAACAUUAUUGACAUUUGAAACGAUAGAAAAACAAACGUGCCUGGAGAACCUUUUCCGAGAGAAAAAAGUAGCAAAGAAUCGGUACUGGGUUUCUGGCGCAUCCUUCGGCUGUCCGAACAUAAAUCGUUGGUGCAAUAGCAGGGAUGAACCUUUGAUUGGUGACCACAUUGUGUGGGCAGCGGGGGAGCCGUCUAAAGACCCAAGCAAAGAGUGCGUCUACACUGACUACGACAACGUCACCUCGAAAUUCACUUUUGGCAAGGCAGGUUGCAAAACUGCCCUUUAUUACAUUUGCGAGGAAAUAAUACCAACUUAAGAAAUAAUUUUUCUUGUUAAUUAAAUC